GCUUCCGGUCGUCCGUACUUCCGCUGGAGACACCAACACCAAACGUUUCAGACAUGGAGCGUGAUGAAUUUCAGACUGGCGGCGACAGAGACGAAGUCUUUGUGAAAACUGUUUGCAAGGAGAUAACGAAUUUUGUACAAGGUGAUGUUCAAAACAGUGUGCUGAUCUUUCCAGCCCUGCCGAAACGCGAGAGAUUCCUGACUCACAAGGUUGUCGAAGAAGAGUUUGAGGACCUGUGCAGUUUCUCACUGGGAGGCGUUCUUCGAAGGACAGCUGUGUGCCUGAAAUCGCGGCUUAUUUUUGCAUUUAACAACGGCUUCUGCUUAGAUGAAGCAGUACGGAAAGUAGCUGUGAGGCUCUGCAGAGAGAAAGGGCUUCCGGUCGAUUUCCUUUCGCAUAGCAUCAAGAGACCGCCACCUUCAAGCAGAGAGAUGCAAGCACCUAGGCCCGCACGGCAGCGUCAAAGGCGUCCAGAUAUACAGUUGUAUGUGCCACGGGGUCGUAAAGCUGAGGCCUUGAAACCUGAUGCAAGAGAUGCCCCUGCACAAGCAGCAAGGGUGCCUUCGCAACAUUUGCUAGAAAGGCGAGCACCAUUGGCAACAACAGAUGCAGCAGAGGCCUUGACACCUGGCACAAAAGAUGCCCCUACACAAGCAGCAAGGGUGCCUUCACCACACUUGUCAGAAAGGCAAGCACCUUUUGCAACAACAGAUGCUGCAGAGGCCGUGAAACCUGAUGAAAGAGGUGUCCCUGCAGAAGAAGCAAGAAUGCCUGCCCCACACCUGCCUGAAAGGCAAGAACCUUUUGCAACAGAUGCAGCAGAGGUCGUGAAACCUGAUGCAAGAGAUUCCCCUGCACAAGCAGCAAGGGUGCCUUCCCCACACUUGCCAGAAAGUCAAGCACCUUUUGCAACAACAGGUGCAGCAGGCCCUCGAUGCAUAGAGGACACUGGAUACCAUCGUGUAGAAGCACAUUCAGGAGACAUCAAAAAAACCUGUGCUCAAUUGAACGAGCUCACCAAUGCGUGUGGUAUGGAUGGUGAUGCUGACUAUACUGGCCAGGAUUUAGACAGUAACUGUGAUGUGCUCUCAACAAGUGGAAAUUCUGAUAAUGGUGAAGGUGUGAUCCAAGUGUGCUUGUCACUUUCACAGGAAAAUGACAGUGAAUACAUUAGAAAGGCUGCAGACGAAUGUUCUCAAGAAGUGAAUUCAUUGCAGGAGUUUCCAUCUAUUGUGACCGAUAGCGCAGGUACACAAAAAAGGACAGGCCUACAAGCACUGCAGGGUAGCGUUGGCAUCGCAGUGGACGACAGUGUUGUGAGAACUAGUGAAAGUACUCAAAAUGCAGCACAUGAAGAACCGUCACCUACAAGUCAAAUGGAGAUGGCACAGUUGUGUGGUGAGCAUGUGGACACUGGUGGAGAUAGCACAGAAACAAGCAUUGGAGAGAGCCAUAAGGAUGCUGAGGAUUCAUGGGAUGCCCUUUUUGAUGAAACAGGGGAAUGUGUUGAUCCAGAAGUUUUGAAAAAUAUCACUAAGGCCUUGGGUGACAUUAAAGUUCAUCAGGCAGAACUUGAUUACACCAAGUUUGAGCCUCGCAUUCCCGACGUCUCGGAAGAAGAGUAUGGCCAUGUCCUUGAGAUGUACGAUUUUCCUGCCGAAUUUGAAACAAAGGAUCUUGUGACAGCGCUGUCGUCUUGCAGAGAUCAGUUUAACAUUAAGUGGGUGGAUGACACGCAUGCAUUGGCAAUAUUUUCAACGCCAUUUGCUGCGACAGAAGCUCUCAGCCUGCAGAAUUCACUAAUGAAGAUGAGGCAUGUCUCUGAAGCAUCCAAGCAAUCCAAGCUGAAGAUUAAGCAUUGUAGCGAAUUCUUGAUGCCUUACAAGCCCCGUCCGCAGACGUCUGCCUCAGUGGCACGCCGUUUAGUGAGCGGAGCUCUUGGCAUGCGGGUGAAGGUGGAUGUUGAACAACGAAGGAAGGAACUUCAGAUCUUGAAAGAGGCAAAAGGCAAGAGAAAGACUGCAGCCAAGCAGCGAGCGGACGUGUGGAAUGGAGAUGUAUCAUGACCUGUUGGCUUCGCUCACUCGCUAGCAAGUCCCAAGAAGCACAGCACUGGAAGCUACUUCUUGCACAUCCUGGCCUGCUUCAGACAGGGAAGCCAUGAACUGUAUAUGGGUCACCACCUCUCACUGUAAAUGGUUGUCCAAGUGAGACCAUUGCCCUCUGGAAGGUGUGCUGAUGGCAGCAGCAGGUGUCUCCAUGUCCUGCAGCAUGGAAG